AUGGCGUCUCUCGCAAUGGCGUGCCGUGCCUCUGUGCGCGUGGCCAGCAGCCGUGCCUCUGCUCGUGGCCUUUCGACUUCUGCACGAUGCCUCGCUGCUCAUAACUUCACAAUGCCCGCUCUAUCGCCGACUAUGACCGAGGGCAACAUCGCCAGCUGGCGCGUCAAGGAGGGCGAGAGCUUUAGCGCUGGCGACGUGCUGCUCGAGAUUGAAACGGACAAGGCCACCAUGGACGUCGAGGCCCAGGACGACGGCAUCAUGAUGAAGAUUAUAUCUCAGGACGGCAGCAAGGCUGUCCCUGUCGGCACCCGUAUCGGUGUCCUCGCUGAGGCCGGCGACGACAUCUCCGCUCUGGAAAUCCCCGCCGACGAGCAGCCCAAGAAGGCGGCAGGCGCCUCCGCCAGCUCCGAGCCCGCGUCGUCGGUGACCAAGAGCGAGACAAAGACUGCCAGCGGCGGCAGCCAACAGCGAAAGCCUGCCCAGAGCGGCGAGCCGUACGAGCAAAAGUACCCGCUCAUGCCUUCGGUCGAACAUCUCGUCAAGGCCAACGGUAUCAGCGAGGCCCAGGUCAGCCAGAUCAAGCCCAGCGGCCCCGGCGGCCGACUACUCAAGGGUGAUGUGCUGGCUUAUCUCGGUACAAUCAACGCCGAGGCGCCCGCUGCGGUCUCAUCCCGCUUCGACCACCUUGCCCAUCUCGACCUCAGCAACAUCAAAGUCGCCGAGAAGAAGCCCACUCCGGCGCAAAAGGCCGACGCCGCCCCUGCUGCUCCCGUGCAGGAGCUGCCCCUCGACAUCAACGUUCCCAUAUCUCUGGCCAAGGUUGUGCAAGUGCAGAAGAAAAUACAGGAUACGCUCGGCGUCUUCCUACCGCUCUCGACUUUUAUUAGCCGCGCUGCUGAAGUCGCCAACGACGAGCUUCCUCUUGCUCGGCACGAGCCCACCGCUAGUGAGCUCUUUGAUGCCGUUCUCGGCCUCGACAAGGUCAAGGCUGCCAAGGGUACUCGUGGUGUCUACCUGCCCCAAGUAUCGGCAAUUCCCGACGGUGCCACCUACAAGCCCAAGGGUACCCCCACGCUGCCCCCCAAGCACGAUAUUAUCGACGAACUGGCCAGCCGUCCACUCCACCCUCCGCCAUCCAGCAUGGUGACGAUUGAUACAGUGCCUGGUUUGUCGUCGGGUGGCAACGUAUUCACCCUAACUGUGCCCAAGGCCGAGGAGGAGAGGGCUUAUGCGUUCUUGCAGCGCUGCAAGUUUAUUCUGGAGGGUGAGCCCGGUAGACUGGUUCUGUAA